AUGAAUGUAGUCAGACCUCCUGAAUUAUGGAAUUACCCGAAAGUAAUAGAAGAACAUCAUAAAUUUAGAUGUAUAGCUAAGCCUAGAUAAUGCUAUGAUGAUUUAAGAAUAGAUGAAAUUGAUAAAAAUAUUAAUAUUUUGGCAGAUAAACUUAAUAAUUUUAGAAGAUUUACUUGGAAGGAAUUAGUUGAAAGAGUUAUUGAUGUAUAUGGAAGUAAAUAUAAUGAUAAGCCAUCUUCUAUUGACCCAAGGGAAGAUCCUGAUUGGGAAUAACCGGAACCUACACCACAUGAAAUAUAAGUAUAGAAAAAUAGAGAAAUAAAAAUGAAAUAACUUAUGGAAAAUUAAGCUUUAAUUGAGGCUGUUAAAAAUUAAUAGAUGGGAAUUGGGUAAGACGAAAAUAAAGAAAAUAAAGAUAUAAAAGAUAAUAAAAUUAAUAAAGAUAAUAAAGAAAAUAAAAAUAAUAAAAAUAAUAAUAAAAAAUGA